UAAGACUGGAUCUAUAUUCGAUCUUCAAAAUAUAUAUUGAGAAUAAUCAAAUAUACCAUAACACCACUCUCAUAUUUUACAAAAUUUCUCUCUACCAUGGACUCCGAUAAUAAUGAUCAAGUGGUUUAUGAAGUGAAAGACCACUAUCGUCUCUACAAAAAUGGCCGUGUUGAGCGUUUCUACAAGGUGCCCGGUUCCUUCUACGUUCCACCAUCGCCACAAAUCCCAUCAAAAGGCGUAUUCUCCAGAGACGUCACUAUCUCACCCCACGUCUCUGCUAGACUCUACCACCCGGAGAACAUUCCCAAUUCCCAAAAAAUCCCCGUGUUAGUAUAUUACCACGGGGGCGGACUUGUCUUACAAUCCGCCUUCUUCUACCAGAUGCAUGCUUACGUCAACUCUUUAGCUUCUGAAUUAAACGUCGUUGCUGUUUCCGUAGAGUACCGGUUAGCCCCAGAAGUAGAUGUGCCUACAAUUUAUGAAGAUUGUUGGACUGCACUUCAAUGGGUCGCUUCACAUGCUAAUGAAAAUUCGUCUUGUAUUCACAAUAAAGACUCAUGGUUAACGAAUUUUUGUGACUUUAGUAAAGUGUUUAUAGCCGGAGACAGUGCUGGUGGCAAUUUAGUGUACCACAUGACUAUGAGGGCCGGCAAAGAAAACUUGAAUAAUGAUAUGAAAAUUACUGGAUCGAUUUUUGCUUAUCCUUAUUUUUUGUUCCCAAAUGUUGAAAUUGAUGAAGAAGGUUUGGCUAAUAAGAUUUGGGGUUAUAUUUGUCCAGUACCAUUAGAGUCUGGGCUAUUAUCCCCAAUUGAUAGUCCAUUAAUUAACCCACUUUCUGAAAAGGCUCAGUCUCUAUCGGAGCUAGGUUGUUCAAGGAUUUUGGUGUGUAUGGGAAAAAAAGAUGAUAUAAUUCCUUUAGAGAUUGGGGUUCGAUUUGUUGAAGGUGUGAAGGAGAGUGGAUGGGAAGGAGAAGUGGUGUAUCUUGAGGUUGAUGGUGGACAUUCGUUUCAGAUGUAUAAACCUGAAUGUGAUGAAGCUAAACGUAUGAUGAAGUGUUAUGCUGAUUUCAUCCAUCGCUAGUACUGCAGGUAACAAUGAA